AAAACCCAAUAUUUCUCUGUCCACAAUGAUGUUAAUGAAGCAAAUUGCCCAUUGAUUGCGCUAUGAAUCUUGCCUUUACAUGUCACUCCCAAAAGUGUGAUUUUUUUCCCUCUCUAUUCGUGUUCCUAGACAUACAGGAGCAUAUAGGGAUUUAAUUUUAAGGUAAUAUUUUGUUGGAGAAAUUGGGAAAUGGGAGAGUUUUCGAAUGAUUAGGGGUUGAAUUAGAGGAGCCAAGCAUGGGUAACUGCAAUCACUGGAUAACUGUAUCAUCAACUCUCUUUUGCUUUACUUUUUGCUUAGAAAGGGUUGGAGAUUCUGACCUCUCACAUUUUUGUCUCUGAUGAGAUUAAGGCGUAGAAAAUGUAUCCCUUCUUGUUCCUCUAAUAGAAGAGUUGAUGAAGAUGAGCUUUACUGGGACGGAAAAAAGCACGAUGAAGAUUCGGCUUGGUCGCUUAAUUCUACUCACGUAAUAUCACAGUUAGCUCAGUGCUUUACUAAUGCUAUGGUUGGACCACGAACAUGGAUAGGAGGAAUGUUUAGCCGCUCAGGCAAUAAACGAUAUGGAAGCGGAAAAUUUCUUGACUACACUUUAAGUCCUACUCAGCAGGAACAAAGACUUCAAACGCUUAAAGAACGAUUAGGAGUGCCUUUUGACGAGACUCGCCUUGAUCAUCAAGAAGCUCUCCGAACCUUGUGGGAUGCUGCCUUCCCGGAUGUUAAGCUUAAAGGUCUAAUCUCUGAGCAGUGGAAGGAUAUGGGGUGGCAAGGAGCUAAUCCAUCAACUGACUUCAGGGGUUGUGGCUUCAUUUCGCUUGAGAACUUGCUUUUUUUUGCCAAAUCUUAUCGGGUUCUUUUUCAGCGAUUACUUUCUAAGCAAGGUGGAAAACGUGCAGCCUGGGAGUACCCAUUUGCUGUUGCUGGCAUUAAUGUUACAUUUAUGCUGAUUCAUAUGCUGGAUUUAUGCUCAGCAAAACCUAAAUGUCUUCCAGGCCUUAAUUUUGUUAAAAUAUUAGAGGAAGAUGAACAGGCAUUUGAUGUCUUAUACUGUAUAGCAUUUGCAAUGUUGGAUGCUCAGUGGCUUGCCAUGCAUGCGUCAUAUAUGGAGUUCAAUGAGGUUUUACAAGUAACAAGGACACAACUAGAGCGAGAGCUGUCUUUAGAAGAUGUUCACAGAAUGCAGGAUCUCCCAGCUUACAACCUGUUGUAUCAGUAGUUUUGGUUAGUCCAAAAUUAGAAGCAGUAGAAUUAUCCUAUGUAAAUUUUGUGUACCGGCCCAGUUUUGCAAUUAUUUUGUAAUCAGGAGUAUGUUAUCUUGAGACCAAUUUAACUGACUGGAUGUAGUGUUUUUCCUUCUUUAUAUCCAUUCCGAAUCAGCUCUGAUAA